CUCUCUAUCGUUAUCAUCAAGAUGGCCCCUGCACUCACCCUCGAGAAGCCCGUCGAAACCAACGCCUUCCCUCGCAAGGCUGCGUCCGUCGAGACGUCUGAGAACUAUGAGGGCAACUACAAGUUCGCCCCCAUCGAGGAAGCGCAAGUCUCCCGGGCUAUGAUCAAGCGAUACUUCAACACCAUGUACGAUCGGGCCAUCUCCGAUGUCGUCAUUGUUGGUGCAGGAAGCGCUGGAUUGUCCUGCGCUUACAGUCUCGCUACCCAGCGACCUGACUUGAAAAUCACCAUCGUCGAGGCUGGUGUUGCCCCCGGUGGUGGUGCAUGGCUCGGUGGCCAGCUGAUGACUCCUAUGGUCAUCAGAAAGCCCGCUGACGCGUUCCUCCGCGAGCUCGGCGUCCCCUACGAGGACGAGGGCAACUUCGUCGUCGUCAAGCACGCCGCCCUCUUCACCUCCACCCUCCUCUCCAAGGUCCUCGCCAAACCCAACGUCGUCAUGAUGAACGCCACCGCCGUCGAGGACCUCAUCGUCCACGAGGACUUCGCCGGCCAGCAGCGCGUUGCUGGUGUCGUCACCAACUGGACCUUGGUCGCCUUGAACCACGACACGCAGUCAUGCAUGGACCCCAACACCAUCACUGCGCCUGUUAUCGUCUCGGCGACUGGCCAUGAUGGACCUAUGGGUGCUUUCAGCGCCAAGCGCCUCGUUAGCACUGGCUUGCUCAAGGAGUUGGGCAACAUGAGGGGAUUGGAUAUGAACCGCGCUGAGCCUGCUAUUGUUAACGGCACUCGCGAGGUCGUUCCUGGUCUCAUUUUGACUGGUAUGGAGUUGUCAGAGCACGACGGUUCGAACAGGAUGGGUCCUACCUUCGGUGCUAUGAUUGGUAGUGGCCACAAGGCUGCCCAUGAGGCUAUCCGCAUCUUGGACCGACACAAGGUCGUCAACGGCAAGGUCGUCGCCUAAGUGUAGCUUUUGUCAAGGGAAGAAUUGUAAAUCAUUAUUUGUAACAUAUGUGAAAUGCUUGGGGACGCAUGGCAUCCGAAUUCAAACAAGAUGUCCUGGAAAGUGCUUGUAG